UUAUGCCUAUUAGCCUGGUAGUUAAAAAAGGAUGUGACUUUUUAAUUUCUAAACAAAAAGAAGAUGGUGGUUGGGGUGAAUCCUAUAAAUCGUGUGAUACAGAAACUUAUAUACAUCAUGAAAACUCACAAGUCGUAAACACAGCUUAUGCAUUGCUUGCUUUAAUGGCAGGUAAAUACCCAAAUGAGGAGCCUAUUCGACGUGGUAUCCAGCUUAUUAUAUCACGACAAUUACCAACUGGAGAAUGGAAACCAGAAUCCAUAGAAGGAAUAUUUAGUAAAAAUGCCGCAGUUUGUUAUCCAAGUUAUAAAUUUAUUUUUACUAUUUGGGCAUUAGGCAU